AAUUCUUUGCUUGUGCAGUGAACAUGGCGAAUCGUUCAAAGAGAAAUACAAAAGUAAAGCAGAAUGAAAUAUUUGAUGAGAUCAAACUGGAUAGAAUACCGAAGUUUACGGAUUUAACUGCUGAAGUUGAUUAUGUGAUCAGGAAAUCAAGCUGGUGGGAUCGAUACGGAGUUGACUGGGCACUAGUUGUUCUAUUUUCAGGACUCUGGGUAACGAGUGUGUUAUUUUUCAAGGACAGAUCAUGGGUUGGUUUUUCAGUUGGUAUUUUCCUGAUGGGCUGGGCCCACUAUGCUCUGGCCUCAAAGGCUGGGCAUAUUGGAACUCACGGAGGAAUGUGCGAAACAAAGGCGAUGAGGCGGCCGCUGUCUGUCCUGUUUGUUGAAAUGGUAGGGUCAUUUUCGGAGGAACUAGCAUACGACAUACACAUUAAAGUACACCACCCGUACACCAACAUCAUCGGAAGAGGAGAUUCAAGCACAUGGAAGAUGCCGUUUUUAACACGAUACAUUUACUUGUUCGUCGCCCCGCUCAUGUUGCCACCCCUUUCUCCCCUUGUUUCUAUAGCGGGGCUGCUAGAAAAAAGAACUGUCACUGGAUUGCUGAAGUUCCUUAUCCGGGCAGGGAUUGGACUGUGGUUUCAGGCCUAUAUUAUUACGUUAGUAGCUGGACUAAGCUUUACUAAAGCUCUGUUGGUCAUUUGGGCUGCUCGAGGUCUUUUCUCUAUCCCAUACAUUCAUGUGAAUAUUUUCCAACAUAUCGGAUUGCCCAUGUAUGCGAUAGAAAGCAAGCCCGUGCGUUUAUACCAGAUGGCGACAGGAGUGCUAAAUCUUCCCAGUAACUUAAUUCUGGACUAUGCUUUCGGACAUUCAAUCAUUAGCUGCCAUGUUGAGCAUCACCUAUUCCCCAAACUAUCUGACAACAUGUGUUUGAAGAUAAAGCCGAUCGUGUCAAAGUUCCUAAAGAAGCAUGGACUCCCUUACAACGAGAAAACGUACACCAACAGACUGUGGCACUUCAUCGAGAAAUACGACACUCUGAUGGUCAAUGCCCCGCCCAUCACACACUUUGUUGGCCUCCAAUGACGCUACAACGAUUAAAAGAGCAAUUGUGGAUUUUCUUAAUAUACUCCGAACUGAAUAAAUCACGGGCCAUUUAUAAAAAUAUGAUUUUUACAAUGUAUCAAAACAUAUCAUAAUCUGCACGCACUGUCAGUGAGCAAUUGAAAGCUACUAUUUACUCAUAUUCUAAUAUACGCUUUGCCAUUUGUAUAUCAUCGUACACUUAAGUCAGGUCGGCUGAUAUUUUAAAUAGUUUAAAAUUCAAUAUAUCAUGGUUUUUAGUUGAUGGCUUUCUUCAUACUGGGUUUUCUUGGGUGUAUAAUAGGGGCACAUACAUGUCAGGAAUGUACUUAUGCAAUCAAACUCGAUAUGUUAGUCAAAGCUACAUUCUGUCAGUUCCCAUCCGAUUUUUGAAGAAAUGAAAUCCACAAAAUUAUUAUUUAACGACGUCAAUUUUUUUACUGAAAGUGCUAAUUCUUGUUAUAAUAGUUUUUUUUCAGGCACAUGACUUUUUUGAGCGAGAUAAGUUUUAAAGUUUAAAGCCAAAGAAACACAAAACGUGUAUAAUGUAUAGUAUUACGGGUUAGUAUAUUCUGUUAUAUAUUACACAUGCUCAUUUUUACAGUUUUUAUUUAUAUCAUUUCAUAAUUGGGGACAUCAUUUCAACCCUCAUAAAGGAUAUGGUGAUAAAUACGAUUGAAUCCAAGGCUAACACAGAUAAGUGUUUGUCCGUUAAAUCGAUUAUAAAAUGUCGGUCAGUUGAUUUAUUGAAAAAUAUUUCAUUUAAAUGGCUCAUUUUCCUCUGAUGUUAACAUAUUCACUUGCAUGUGUUUGUUUGUUGUAUUUUUAAGUAUUAAUUAGGGAUGGCAACGAGUAGUAAAAUUAAUACUCGAGUACUCGGACGGUCAUUCGAUCGAGUACUCGGGUACUCGAUUACUCGGAAAAAUUGAAUAUGUGUUCGCAAAGACAAGAUUGUGUAUACAUGUAUCGUUAAUGACGUAUAUUGUGCGUUGGUCGUAUUAUUGGUCAUUUUCACCUUUAAAGUAAACUUUCAUUACGUAUUUUUACUAUUUUAACAAAAAAUGAUAUAAAAAGGAAACAAAUGUUGUUUCAGGCUUUUAAUUUGUCUGAUUCGUUUCAUUUUAUACAAGAAUGCACUGCAGAAAUGAACAACAAUCAGAAUUACAAUGAACGAAAAUUAAUACAUACAUAAAAAAUAUUCAAUACGAAGUUCAGUUAUUGAGUUGUUUACUCUCCAUUUUUUUGUUUAAUUUUAGUUUUUCGUACUGUGUAAUUGUUGUUUACCUCAUUAAUAUUCAUAAUUCUUGAUUUAAUAUCAACCAAUCAAUUGUGAUAAUCAUUGCAAAAAUAGUUAAAAUGCGCCCAUUAAAAAAUCAAUUCUCGAAACGGUCGAAUUGUGUAGGUGAAAGCACCGCUAUCAAAACUUCGCUAAUUGACAUCAGUUUUAAUUUGAAAUAGGGGUCCUUUGUUGACAGUUUGCAACUAUCUUAACAACUGUCAACUAAUUGAUUGAGGUCAAUUGUGUACACAGCGGGGAUUAGAGGGACCGUAAAUUGUCCUCUUGGCAACUAACCAGAUCUGAUAUUUUGUCUGUAAAUCGUGUAUUUGGUAAUUUUUAUAGAUUUUUUUAAUUUUUUCCCGAGUACUCGAGUAGUGAUUUGGUACUCGAGUACUCGGACGUUCGAUCGAGUACUCGAGUACUCGUUGCCAUCCCUAGUAUUAAUACAAAACUAUUGUCAGUUGGGCACUUA